AUGGUUCCUUCGAAAUCGAUUAUUGCCCUGCCAGUCGUCCACGCACGCAAGGCUGCGCGUCUUGCAGCUGGGAUCAUCCCUGUCACUCAACGUGUCAAGCGAACGGUCAAAGUUGCAGCUGCAAGAUUGAACUCACCAUCCGGAGUUCCUUCCACUACCCAUGAAGCUAGCACGAGGCCACUUCGUCUGAAGUGGUUUGACUUUUCGACGGAUGUGACGUAUUAUGUUGCGGUAGAUUGGAAGAAGAUCCAACUGCACGAGUACCCGGUAGAGGUUUCUUCAUCGAUCAGCCUGGAUGCGUUCGUUGCGCUGAACACGGGCACUGAUUAUUGUCACCCUCUCAUCAUGAUCGGAGGAAAUCUCGCCCCAAUACUAUCAAGCAAACCGAAACGAUCACAAGCCAAAUUUCCAGCGAUGUACAGAGUGUUCAUUGAAUUGUGUCUGGCUCUCUAUUGCUGCGGCAGUUGUGUAGUGCAGUCUGCGAAGCCGGCAUAUAGCGCCAAGCAUGGAGAGACUUACGACUUUGUCAUCAUCGGUGGCGGGACUGCAGGUCUCGUGGUUGCCAAUCGUCUUUCGGAGAAUCCAAAUCAUACAGUACUCGUUAUCGAGUACGGCUCUCUGGAGGAUAACAUCACCAUCAACGUCCCUCAGACGAGGAACUUUUACUCCCUUAAUGCAAUGCAGCAUGAUCCCAACGUGCAGCGCUUGUAUUAUACAUUUCCUACGGCGCCAAUCGACAAGCUAGAUGGCCUGAUGUUGCCUAUAGGCAUUGGUGCAACAGUGGGAGGUGGUAGCGUUGUUUCAGGAAUGCUCUUCAACCGGGGUUCUAGAGCCGACUAUGAUGCGUGGAGGGAUUUGGGCAACCCUGGCUGGGGAUGGGAUGAUCUUUUGCCAUACUUCAUCAAGAGCUCCAACUUCACGCCACCCAAGGACGCUCCUACAACUGGCAGGACAUGGAACUCUUCGGUAUGGGGAUCAAGCGGACCAGUGCACAGCAGUUUCCCCGCGUGGAGAUGGCCGCAGGAAGAAGUGUUUCAUGACGCUUGGACAAACCUGGGACACAUCAUUCCAGCUGUCGAGGACAUCAAUGAUGGCUCUUCGGUCGGCAUUGGAUGGACUCCUAGUACACAAAACCCGGGUACUCAAACCCGAAGCUCAGCCAGAACUGCCUACUACGAUCCUGUCGCGCAUAGGACCAAUCUCAAGCUGAUGCCCGGCACGAAAGUGCUAUCGAUCACUUUCGAGAAUCGUAUUGCCACUGGUGUGAUGAUCAGAGACCGGUCUGCAACUGACGCUCCUUGGAGACAUAUCAAAGCCUCGCGGGAAGUCGUCCUCGCUGCUGGACCAAUCUUUAGCCCAAAUUUGCUGCAGAUCUCCGGAGUGGGCCCGCAUCAUGUUCUCAAGGAAGCUAAAAUCCCUGUCGUGCACGACCUACCUGGAGUGGGCAUGAACUUGCAGGACACACCAACCAUACAAUGGUUAUGGAAUCUGCCCGGCUUCAAAGGUCCUCGAUGGACUGACCUUCUACACAAUACCACAUUGUACAGCGAAGCUAAGCAGCUGUACGAUUCGAAUCGAACGGGCCCACUGACUGUAGCGAUCGGCGACUUGGUGGCCUCGCUUUCGCUCUCUCAAGCUUCAGUCAGUGCCUUGAGCAUGCUCCAGACAAUUCCAACAGAGUAUCAUCUGAGUUAUCUGCCAAAGGUGUACACAGCAACUUCCCGACAUGGGUACGUUGCCCAGCUGCGAGUCCUUCAGAAACAAUUUGCAUCAUCUCAGAGUGGAUUUUACGAACUUGCUUUCAAAGGGUGGUCUGAGAGUUUCAUCAAUCUAUUACAGAAGCCGUUCUCUCGAGGCACAGUCCUUCUGAACACCAGCGAUCCGGAUCUUGGACCCCUAGUACAGUACAACACACUUGCAAACCCGACGGAUGAGAUUCUCGUCAGCGCAAUCGUCAAUCUGACGCGUGAACUGUUCCGAUCUCCAAAGGUCUUUAAUGAGUUUCAACCGGAGGAGUUGCGUCCUGGGCCCGACGCUACCAGUCCGAGGGAUAUCAUUAAAGCUUUGAGCAGGCAUAAGAUGCUGAUGCCUUCGUGUUCACACGAGAGUGGCGGAUGCUCGAUGAUGCCUCUCGAGCUGGGUGGCGUUGUGGGGCCCGACCUGAAAGUGUUCGGAGUUGAGAAUUUGUGUGUGGUUGACGCGAGCAUCAUUCCGCUCUUGCCAGCCGCACGACUGCUUCAUACCGUAUAUGCAAUCGCCGAGAAAGCAUCCGACAUCAUCAAAGAAAGGCACGUGUGA